AUGGGAAAGAAGGUAGGUAGGGAAAAUGGUAGUUAUGAUGGUAUUGAGGUGGUGGGUAUGAAGGUUGGGGUGGUGAAGGAUAGUAGGGAUUUCUUCCGUAUGGUAUAUGACUAUGAGUUGUGUUUAUCUAAUGAUGACAAGAUGAAUUUGGCGCUAAUUGAAAUUGAGCGAUUAUUACAGUUGUACAACAAGACCUUGAGCGAUUAUCCUCAAAUGCCAAUUCCAAACUAUGAUUCAGAAUGGCGAUGUGAUAAUCGGCUGUUGUUUGCUGAGCUCAAUUAUGAUCGUGUUGCAUUAAGAGAUGAGAGUGAGUUGAUGGAAAAGCAAUUGACUGAUGAGCAAACUGUUGUAUACGAUACUAUUCUACAUGAUAUCCAGCAACAGAAUGGGGGCCUCUACUUCGUAUACGGAUACAGUGGUACAGGGAAAACAUUUGUUUGGAAGGCUUUAUCAGCAAAAAUACGGUCACAGGGUGAUAUUGUCAUCAACGUUGCAUCUAGCGGUAUUGCAUCUUUGCUUUUGCCAGGAGACUGUGGUUUUGGCGGUGAUUUCAGACAAAUUUUGCCAGUCGUCCCUAAAGGUUCAAGGCAAGAUAUUGUUUCAGCUUCAAUCAACUCUUCAUAUCUGUGCGAAUCCUGUAAAGUUCUUAGGUUAACAAAGAAUCUAAGACUGAACAACAGGGAACCAGGAGUGGAUAUGCAAAAGGUUGAACAAUUUGCGUCAUGGUUAGCUGCUAUCGGAGAUGGGACAAUGGGGGGGCCUAAUGAUGGUUAUGCAAACGUCCAAAUCCCUAAUGAAAUGUUGUUGCCAUCCACUGGUGAUCACAUAGUCACAAUUGUUGAUAGCAUAUUCCCAAUGUUCAAGGAGGGUUGUUGUCAGCAAGAAUACAUGGAAAGUCGGGCAAUUUUGGCUCCAACACUAGAUGUGGUCAAUGCAAUCAAUGAGUAUAUGACUGAUUUGCAUGUCGCUGAAAGCAAGACCUAUCUAAGUUGCGACACCGUCUGCAAAUCUGAUUCAAGUGAUGGUAUCCUAAAUGAUAUGCACACUCCUGAAUUUCUAAAUGGGUUAAAAGCUUCUGGAAUCCCUAACCAUGCUUUAACUUUAAAGGUUGGCUCCCCGGUGAUGUUAUUGAGAAACAUAGAUCACUCGAUGGGACUGUGCAUGUAA